CAGCGCUAAUCAGAGCUGGAGAUUGGGACCACUCCCCCCAGCGCUUCCCGGAAGAGCCCGGCAGGUGCGGAGAGAUCGUCUGUGUGAGAAGAGCUCCGUCUGUCUUAAGGGGCCCUUCCUCUCUGGGGCCACAGUGUGAGCUGUAUGGAGGGCUGGAGACGGAAGCUUCAGCAGUGGAUUCUUCACACCCAAUGCAGGGCUAUGAGCUUUGCGUUGGUCUUGAUGUAGGGGUGAAGAGGCUGUGGGGGAUGGUCUUGCAGUGCUGAGGAUCAGAAUGAAUCGCUGUUGAGAUGGGCUGGUGGCGACCCGGAGAUUUAGUGCCUUCAUCGUUGCAAUGGCUUCAGAGGUGGAGAAGGCAGACGCCCUCCUCCAGACGUUCAGCACUGCCUCUGUAGUCUCCAGCUUAGGCCUGGGGAUUUUCUGCUUUCUGGCAGACAAAGUGCAGCAAACCUCUUUAAUCCAACAAAAUGACUGGCUGAGAGCCACGUCUGACAAUGCCACCCAUGGGGUGAUAGGCAUGUGGUCAUGGGCCAUUGUGAUUGGCCUCCGUAAGAGAAGUGACUUCUGUGAAGUUAUUCUUGCCGGAUUCUUUGCUUGCAUCAUCGACCUGGAUCACUUCUUCCUGGCUGGGUCUCUGUCAUUAAAGGCUGCUCUCAAUCUUCCUCAUCGUCCUCCCUUGCAUUGUUCUACACUCAUCCCCAUUAUGGCUCUUGCUCUGAAGUUCCUCAUGCAACUCCUAAGGCUGAAGGACUCUUGGUGUUUCCUUCCUUGGAUGUUAUUCAUCUCAUGGACUUCCCACCACGUGCGAGAUGGGAUCCGGCAUGGGCUGUGGCUUUGUCCCUUUGGAAAGACUGCUCCUCUUCCUUACUGGCUGUAUGUGGCCCUCACUGCCUCUUUGCCUAAUCUGUGCUCGCUCAUCAUGUACCUCACUGGGACAAGAGAAAUCAUGACCAAAAAACACGGAAUACACAUUGAUGUCUGAGGAGACCGCUAAUGUUUUCUGGGUUUAGGUGCUUAAAGAGAACCUGUUGGCUUGGUACUUUUUUUUUUUUUUUAUAUAGGGCCUAAUGCACUAGGCACCUGAAGAAAGCUUAGGUUACUUUUUUGCAUAUUUUCAUGAGCCCUAGUAAAACUUGGUGGUAUAUAUGCAGUUAUAUAGACCAAUGUACUGUAAGCCCUGGUUCACACCAGUGCAGUUUUUGAAGUCGCGCAACUUCAAAGCAGUGCAAUUUCAUGCGCAAGUCACACUGAAAUCACACAAAUGGCGCAGGGACCUCUUUUAAAGUUGCUGCAACUUGAACAGUUCCAUUGCCGCAAACGAGGUGCUACUUGUUAUGUGGCUUUAAACUGUUAAAGAAACACUAAAGUCAAAAUUUAUUUAAUUUUUUUUUAAAUAACAAACAUGUUAUACUUACCUCCACUGUGCAGCUCGUU